UUCUUUCGAUUAGGAGUUUUGGUAUUGCGCACAGUCGUAGUUUACUGGAGCUGUGUAGUGUGGUGUGCGGAGAGGAUGGAGGGUUUUGUGACGUUGUGAUGAAUGCUGAUACCAGUAGUGUUUAGGGAUGCAUUCGGCAAUGGAUGAUAUGAACUUGCUUCAGCAGGCUCAGAGGCAUCACUUGAUGGUGAGGGAAAUUGGGGAAGAGAUUGAUUUGGAGAUUGGGCCUGGAGAUGAUGACCCUUCUUUCUCUAACGCAACUCUAAUGGGAGUUUCACCACGAGAACCAUGCACUGAAGAGCAGGAAGAGCAAAAGCAGCUUAUCUUGGAUUCUCAAAACCAUAAUGAACAUCAAGAGUCGCCGAAGACACAAGCGACUAAAAGGAAGAAGAAGGUGGUCAAGAGGUGGAGGGAAGAAUGGGCUGACACCUAUAAGUGGGCCUAUGUUGAUGUUAAGGAGGGUACGGCAAGGAUCUUUUGUUCUGUUUGCAGGGAAUAUGGGAGGAAGCACAGGAGGAAUCCUUAUGGGAACGAAGGAAGUAGAAAUAUGCAAAUGAGUGCACUGGAAGAACACAAUAACAGUUUGCUCCAUAAGGAAGCUCUUCGGCUUCAGAUGGCCUCCAAGGAUAAAAUUUUAACCGUUACUGACAAACCCAUUUAUGUUAAAGCUCUUAUGUCAAAAACUGCUGGAUCAAUUGUUGAAGCUGUGUUAAGAAGGGAUCCUCAUGAGGUUGAGUUCAUACAGUCUGUGCAAGAAGCUGUUCAUUCUUUAGAACGGGUGAUAGCAAAGAAUACUCAUUAUAUCCAAAUCCUGGAGCGCUUAUUGGAACCUGAGCGUAUGAUUGUCUUCCGAGUUCCAUGGGUUGAUGACAGGGGAGAGACACAUGUAAAUCGAGGAUUUCGGGUUCAAUUCAGCAAAGUCGUUGGUCCAUGUAGGGGUGGUCUUCGUUAUCAUCCAUCCAUGAAUUUAAGUAUUGCCAAGUUUCUUGGGUUUGAACAGACAUUAAAGAAUGCUUUGUCGCCAUACAAACUUGGAGGUGGCGGGGGUGGAAGUGAUUUUGAUCCAAAAGGAAAAAGUGACAUCGAGAUUAUGCGUUUUUGCCAAAGUUUUAUGGAUGAGUUAUAUCGGUAUUUAAGUCCUGAUCAGGAUCUUCCUGCAGAAGAUAUGGGUGUUGGUCCUCGGGAGAUGGGUUACCUCUUUGGACAAUAUAGGCGUCUAGCUGGUCAUUUUCAGGGAAGUUUUACAGGGCCAAGGAUAUUCUGGUCUGGUUCUAGCCUUCGAACUGAGGCUACUGGCUAUGGCCUGGUUUUUUUUGCCCAACUUAUUCUUGCGGAAAUGGAUAAAGAAUUGAAAGGAUUAAGAUGUGUAGUAAGUGGUUCUGGAAAAAUUGCGAUGCAUGUUCUAGAAAAGCUUGUUGCCUAUGGUGCUCUCCCCGUUACAGUAUCAGAUUCCAAGGGUUAUUUGGUGGAUGAAGAUGGGUUUGAUUAUGUGAAGAUAUCACUUUUGAGGGAUAUCAAAGCCCAUCAAAAAAGUUUAAGAGACUAUUCGAAGACUUAUGCUAGGUCUAAAUACUAUGAUGAGGCAAAGCCUUGGAGUGAAAGAUGUGAUAUUGCAUUUCCCUGUGCUGCACAAAAUGAAAUCGACCAAUCUGAUGCUGUCAAUUUGGUUAAUUCAGGUUGCCGUUUAUUAAUAGAAGGUUCAAAUAUGCCAUGCACCCCUGAAGCAAUUGAUGUACUGAGGAAAGCUAAUGUUUUGAUUGCUCCAGCGAAGGCUGCUGGCGCUGGAGGGGUUGCUGCUGGAGAACUCGAGCUAAAUCAUGAGUGUAAUUUGAUGCACUGGUCUCCAGAGGACUUCGAGACAAAAUUACAGGAUUCCAUGAAACAGACCUAUCAAAAAGCCAUCAAAGCAGCGACUGAUUUUGGGUAUCAGAAAGAGAGUCCAGAGGCCUUGGUACAUGGGGCAACCAUCUCUGCUUUCCUGACACUUGCUCAAGCAAUGAUUGAUCAAGGAUGCGUAUAGAACAUGGACAUUGCCCUAACUUAUACUGAUACUUUGAGACCCGAAUGGCCACCUGGCUGAUAAUUGUAGUGAGCAUUUGCUGCGUCUAUUAGGAGAUAAAUGGAGAAUCACAGCCAAUCGUCUGCAGCUUUAAUCUGUCCUGAAACGGAGUACUCACAUUCCUGAGCUGAUGAAAUGAAAGAUUUAGGAGCUCAGGUGGUAGCUUUCAUCCUGUUGUAAUAUGUGUAUGCUUAUAUGUAAUUUUUUAGAUUAAGCUAAUUCAGGGAAUAUCAAUGCACAGGGAGAUACUACAAUGACAGUGACUGUAAGGAUAGAAUAGCAAGUUCUGGGAAAAUUCAUUGCAAGAAAUGCUUAUGUAGUUAUGUGCUCUACCCAAAAUGCACUUCAGGUCUUGAGAUGACUUGAGAAGUUCCUCAAAAAGAUUGUAAUUCUUUGUGACAAUGUAUGCAUGCAUAAAGCUGUGUACUAUAUCAA